AUGAACUACCACAGUACCAAUAGCGACGGGAUUAAUACUGUUAAUUCCGCUGAUUCUCCCUUCUCCUCUGUCAAUGACGAGGAUGCGACCGGCUUGAAUAAUUCAGUUGAUGAACAGGCUAAUGAUCAUGGUAAUCAUAAUAAUAUCGAUGGCUCGCCUAGGAAGGCUCUUGCGAUAACAGCCUGUGAACUAUGCAAGGCAAGGAAGGUUAAAUGUGAUCGCGCUGAGCCUUCGUGUGGCUGGUGCUCACGUCAUGGCCGUCCCUGUAUCUACAAGAGGAGACAGAAACCUGGAUUCCGUGCUGGAUCUAUGCGUGAAUUGGAGAAUAAAGUUGAUCGGCUUGAGGCUCUGCUCCAGGCCCUGGGCCGGAGGGUUGAGGACCACAUCCAGCUUCAUGAUUCAGGAAGGGCGGCGACAGUCGCUGCGUCUCCUGCUUCUCGGAUCUCCGAUCAACCUCAGCAAGUAACGAAAUUGCUCGACGACAAUCGUCGACAUUUUACGAUUUCGCUCGAUGGAUCACCGGACAGUCAAAGGCUGUCGUCGGAUCCUAAGAUCUACGACAGGAUGCAGUAUGAUCGAACGUCUGAAACGAUGUCGGUCCAGUCCAUGACAACUAGGACGACUGCGCUCGGCGAUGUCGCAGAAUAUUCACGCUCGCCAAAUGUUUCUGGACAACCGGGGGUGGCCUAUAAUAAUUACCAGUCAACCCUGGAUUUCGAUCUGCCACCGUAUGAUCUUCUCUACAGCCUCGUAGAUCUCUACUUCAAGCACGUAAAUACCUGGUGCCCAAUUCUGGACCGCAAGCUUACCUUUGACACCUUUUUCAACUCCUCCGUCCUAGACGAUGCGGAUCGCAACCUUCUCCAUGCGAUCGUUGCUACGUCCUUGCGAUUCUGCGAGGCUCCCGGCCUGACACUGGAGUCGCGCAAACGAUACCAUUCCGCAGCGAAGCAGAAAGUCUUACUCUACGGACUGGAAAAUCCAACGGUCAAGGCGUUACAGGCACUUGUGAUCCUCGCCCUUGACUUUCUCGGAGUCUCGGAUGGGCCCCAGAGCUGGAAUAUACUGGCGAUACUCAUAGGUAAUAUUCGGCGGUUGCGACUGAACGCCGAAAAUAGUCUCAUUCUCAAUUCCUCUCCUCCCUUCGUAUCUCCGGGGACACUUCAGGAGUUCAUGCUUCCGCGACCAACCUCAUGGAUCGAAGACGAGGGACGUCGGAGACUCUUCUGGAUGGUCUAUAUCCUUGACCGAUACGUUGCCGUCGCAAACACCUCUGAUUUCCUCCUCUGCGAGUCCGAAGUUGGCCGGUCUUUGCCGUGUCGAUACGACCUGUUCUCCAAGAACGAACCCGUCGAGACCAGAUGGUUCGUCUCACCAGGUCGAUCUGAAAUGAUUGUCAACCGACCGGAGAACCUGGGAAGCUUCUCACACCACUGUGACGUUCUCCGCACAAUGAGCCGAGUCCAGGCAUUCCUCCGGAAACCAGUCGACAUCUGCUCCCUCUCCGAGGUGCAGCAAUGGCAAACCACCUACAGGGAACUAGACGGCGAGCUCAACGCCUGGCUCUACGACCUUCCGGAUGAAUACAGCCGCGUCUCGCAUCUCUGCCACUCAGACCCAACAAGCAAGAUCUCCAACUGGAUCAUGAUCCAUGCUGCGUUCGUCACGGCCGUCCUCCGUCUACACUCCUGCGCUGCAUACCCCUCCGUGCGCUCCCACAUCUUCGCCCCUUCCUUCAUCGCCAUACAGCGCUGUCUAGCCGCCGUCGAAAGUCUGCGCGAAAUAGUCCAGGACGUAGUCAACACGGGCAUGCUCAGUCUGCUCGGUCCGCACUUCGCCUUCGCUCUAUGGGUCUCAGCGAGAUUACUCCUUGUCCACGCCUCGAGCACCGGCACCGAAGUCGACCCCAAGAUCCAAUUCUUCAUAACGACCCUCGAACAAAUGGGCCCGUACUGGCCCGUCGCCCACCGGUACGCACAGCUGCUAGAUCGUAUUAUCCGGGCUUCGAGAGAGGUCACUUCUCCUCCUGCACCGGCUGGAUCGAGUAUAAUGGUCCCGAAAGCACUCGCUGCUCUGCGUCGAUCCGCAUACGAUGUAUACCUAAUCCUCUCUCAGCGUCCCUCACCAACGACCAAAGAAGUCUCCGCCCACGAACUCGAAUACUUCGAGGUAUUCGAGUUCUUCAAUUGUCCCCGUCUCCCGGCUGGUUUGCUCAGUAACCCGAAUAUCCACGAGUCCCUGCGGAAUAUCCCCGGGUCUCCAUCUUAUUUCACUACGUCUGGAGGUUUCGGGAUGGCUGCUUCGGAGCCGGAUUGGCUUUCUUACAGGCGGUCUGCUUGA